GGUGAACCUGGCAUCACCUCUUCCGACCUCAGAUUCCGAAAUAGGCAACUCUUCUUUCACGUGGUCUGCAUACCUCUACGCGACGCGUCUUAGUCUAUGACGUCACCUGUCCUCUUUUCACAUUGGACUACGAUGCAAGCGAAACCCGACGGCCCACGAUCUACCUCACGAAUCACCAACAACUCAUCCCAGAUGGGUGAUUUCUGCACUGUACAACCCACAGCCUGCAAAAAACGAAAACGAACAUCAGGACAGAACGAAUCUCCAGGAACUGUCGAAGUGCUACUUCCGGAUGGCGCUGAUGACAAUACUAAGCCAAGAAGGGUCAAUCCUCUCCAUCUGGCUGCUCGGCUUGGACCUGACCUUGUUCGCGAAAUGGAAGUACACAUCAAACCGGGCGCAUAUAUGCCAUCUUUUUCAAUCAGGAAGGACCUUCAAGAGCGUUACAACGUUGACCGUCGUCAUUUAUAUGAUUACUUCCAUUCAAGAGGUCUUCGGGUCGCUAAAGAGGAGAGAUUCAACAAUCUCACUAGAAGUAGGAUGCAGAAGGCUCAGCUUGCUGCUUCUGGGGCACAGGUAGAGAACUCGGCUUCCACCCGACCAGCGAAGACAAACCGGAAGCGACCCGUCAAGGCGAAACGUACAGCCUUAGCUCCCAUGACUACGAACGCUCCUGCAUCGGCUCCGAACGCGACAGCAAAUACCGACUCUGCUGGCGCGCAACAUUGCUCUGCUUCUCCUGGUCGUCCUUUGAAAAAGUCUCGCCUUCCUAAUUCUCCUAUAUCGACUCAUCAUAUUAAUGCAUCUCCGCUGCGUUCCCUUAAUAUCGCCGAUGUUUACACGCCUCAGCCGGACACGUCCUAUAACCCUAGCGAUGCACCUGAACCAUCUUCCCUUCAAUGCGAAAAACCUGCCUCUUCCUCGGCGCUAUCCAAUCCUAGCGAAACAUUUGAUUCUUCUCUGUCUCGUCGCGAAAGAUCUUUCCCACCUGCUGCACUGUCAUACCCUAAAUUAUCGGAGCUAAGCACCGCAGUACCCUCCCUCGACUCCUCAUUCGAAACAUCUUCCGUAUCCUGUGACACACUAGGCGACUCCGGCACCUUCAUCCCUCCGUCAGACGAUUAUUUCUCUCCUUUCGAUUCCGUCAUUGAGAUAGAUACGACUGACUACCUGGCACCAUAUGAUUACGAUACGUUCUCCCCUUGUGAUGAGAAGGACUAUUUGAUGCCGCCUGAAAGCCAGCUUCUCGAGCCAGAACAGCAAGCGAACAUCUACGAGUUGAUUAACCAGGCUGCAAAACUCUCCCUGAAGGCGCAGGAAUCACUUGGCUCGUAUAAAGCAUACAUGGAGCUACGGAGGCGUGUUUACUACGACGCGUUGGUUCCAGGAGACGAACAGUAUUAAGUUGACCUCGGGAAUUGGAUCCAUGCGGCAUUCAUUGACGACCCACUUCGUGUAACUGCCAGCCCUCAUCAUCCCUCGACUGCCUAUGGUCGCACCACCCCGGGCUUCGCUUCCCGUUUAACCAUUCCAGACGCUAUGGCCUCGCCCGCUUGCAUCCCUUUUCACUCAUUUACCAAGCAAGGUUUACCUGGGUACAUCUCUUCGUCAGACACCAUUGAGACCGAAAAACGGCAUCAA